GGCUAGAGUUUGAACCGACGCUCACAGCGCUUUCUCCGGACACUCCGCACGUAUCCCUGGAUAUUUGCACUCUCCUAUGUGGAACACCUCUGCUAUUUCCUCGUGAAUGCAGCCAGACUGCAUCGCUACAUCGCUGACCUGAUCGCUCGCAAUCUUUAUUUUGCACUUUACUGAAGCAGCUCGCAUCGGUUAAUCUCCUGUCACUCUAUCAGACAGUAGCAGCUUCAGACUGCCCUAUUUUUUUAUUUUGCACCGUAGAUCAGAUUGCUAUAGCUGAUGACCACUGUAUGCCACUGUACUUAACACAUUUUCCUCUCCGAUGUUAAUGUCAGGUUUCUCUCUUUUCGAUUGUAUUUGGUAGCGUUUAUGUCAUGCAAAUGUCGUCUGCUGUUUUUCCUGCAUGCAUGCAUCUGUAAUCUCUAUCAGAGCCCGAUGCUCUGAGUCUAUGUGAAGAUUUCACAAUAGUCUUUUUCUUGUGCAUAGUGCGUUUAGUGUUUUAUGGUCAUUCUUUUGCCUUUUUCGGGACAUUUUUUUUUUUAAGUUCAGCUGCUCAUUCAGUACAGUGUUACUGGGGUCUGUCUGUUUUUACGGGUACUUUUUUCGGGGAAAAGGCCUUUAUUUGUACCGCUGUACAGCAUGCAACACUUUCUUACUGAAAGCUGCCAGAGCUCGACUUGUGAAUCUAAAGGAACACACUGACAUAGUGAUUGAUGAAUGUCGUCAUGAAACAGAGUCCCUCUCCUCCAAAUCCGAUUACAAGUGGUCACAGGAGAUGCAUUUAAGCGACCAGCUGUGAACAGUGAUGUUUCUCACCUGACCACAUGUGAUCGGAUCACCCGAGACGCAUCUUAAAACCAGGUGUAAACAGAGUCUUACAGUCUGCUGCCAUUUGUACAUGCUACUGAAAGUUGGCACAUUCGGUUUUUAAACACAGCUCUUUAGCAUAGUAAGGUAAACAUAAAUGCAAGCAAAGAAUGCUGCAUUGACAAACAUUUAUUUACAAUAAACUCUCUCAUCUAGUCACUAGUCAAGCUUUAAAGAAGGAUUAAUUAAAAUUAAGUACUGUAUGGAUCCAGAAACGGAAAGAACAGAUUAACAACAGAUUUGCACAUACCGAUUAAUUUAGUGGCAUGUCUGGUUGUUAGUGGCACAAUCAGUUUCUGGAUCCAUAUAGUAUGAAAGUUAGUCCUGCUUUAAAGCUCAACUAGUGACUAAAAGAGUAUUUAUUGUAAAUGAAGAUUUUGGUCAAUGCUGCAUUCUUUGCAUGCAUUUAUGUUUUGUCUGGUUAAAAUCACAUAAGACUUUUGACAGGAUAGUGGCAUAUUUUUUUAAAUUUCUGAGCUAGACCAUGAUCUAAACCAAUGCUUUACACUUAAAACUUACCCAUCAGAAGUGUAGGGUUGCAUCUCACUCUCAGUAACUCUAGCUAAAUCAGUGUGCAGGCCAACCCAAACAUGCAUCACACUGUACCCACUAUAUCCUUGCAGCGCUUGGACACAGUAACCUGUUAUUGUGAGAUAAAAAAAAAAAAAAAAGAGUUAAAAGCGAAUUACCUUUAAAUCUUAGAGUGGUUUAAAAUGAACAAGACCUAUUCUUGGCCCACUUUCUAGAAACAGAAUGCAUGCCAGUCACCAGUGAUGCACUUUAAUUACUUUUUCCAGUUUCUUCAUAUCCUAUGAGGUAAAUUGUUAAAAGUGAAUUAACUUACAGAUACUGUUACAAAUGAUACACAUUACAUAAUUAAAGUUUAUGAACAUUCACCUGCUUUUAAAUGAACAUGCAGUAUGUGCAAUAGACUUGCAAUAUAACUAAUAAAUCCAUGUACCACUCUGCUAUGUCUUUCUAAAAGCCCCAGCAAAUCAUAAUUUUUAAUUCAUGGGCAUAAAACAAAAACAACAUAAGAGCCAGACUAAACUUUACAGCAUACAUUUCAAACCCAAUUGUGAUACCUCAAUAUUUUUACACUUUACCACAAAAUUAAGUGGUCCCUGCCAGGCUCAGGGCUCUCAUGCUGACUGACACGUCAAGGAAAAAAUCCAUAGUCCCUUCAGGUUUAAGGUCAUUUAAAGAAUAAAUGAAUUAUUACCAUGAAAUACUCCAAUAAAAGAGGUUACUUUAAAUUUACAGCCAUACAAAUAUUUAGCAAUACACUAUCAAAUACGAUAAGUUUCAAGUGGAGAUAUUUUUGAACGAUCGGUUAUCUCCACGUGGAAAUAAAUGCUGGGAGCACGACAAGCUUUGAAACGGUGUUAAAAAUAAUAAAUAAUUCCUGGGUGCAUCAAAGGUGCACUAUUAUCCAGCGAUACUUCUUUCGUUAGCUAAUAGCUAACCCGAUUAGUUAAAACAACACCAACAGUAGCAACUUCAAACAAGCCACUUACCUUUCAUUUUCUACUGUGUCAGUACAAACAUUAUACUGCAUGUAUUCAUUAUUUUUUUUUACAGCACAGUAAAAAAGUGUCAAGUGUUUCUUUAGACGAACGCAUUCCAAAAUGGAUUGGCAUGUGCCACAACUUCCUGUUGCCACUCACAACCGGAUAUGACACCGCAUUUGCCACAGAACCCAGGAGCAUGUGCCAGAGGCACCAAAACCAGAGCAAAGCUGAACAUCACAAGGAGAGAACUAUUUGAUGGAAGAAAAGAAGCGUAAAAAGCAAGAAUACAAGACAAAGAAGGAAACUGGUCACAAAACGAUUACUGAACAGAAAACCAAAGUGCCAGACCCUGUUAAACCCAAUCCCAGCAUUCCUGUCCCUUCGAGCCCCGUUCUGACCCUAAAACUGACUGUACCUUCCACCACGACCACCACCAGCAAUGGCAAGCGUAGCCCUUCUAAUGCCCUACAGCAGCAGUUACCUCCAUUACAGCAGCCAAGUCCCAGAUAUCUGCCCAGAGAAGUCCCUCCACGCUUCCGACAGCAGGAGCAGAGGCAGCUACUGAAGAGAGGUCAACCUUUACCUACAGGCACUUCGAACCUGACCUCUGCUUGCACUCAGCCCGGGGUCAUCUCCCCUCCUGAGACGCCAACCAGCAAACGACACACGGGAUUAUCCCUUCAGAGUGGCCUGGGAGCCCAGUACGCCAAUUCCUAUUGGAGCAUCCCAGCCACCAAUAGCAGCAGCUGCAAUUGGGAUCAAGUUAUCAUUAACCAUAACGACACUGAAGCUUGGCCUUCCAUUUCACACGGCAAGAGCCAGCAGACACAAGAAUGCACCUUGAAUGCUGAAUGCACGUCAGAGGUCAACCGCAACAGUAGCAGCACUAUUAUGGCUACAGGAGCUAGCCAACAGGGUCAUUACCCAGUCAGCAAAGCCAGCAUUAAUCUCUCCUCCAGUAUGGUCUCAAGCCAGGGUGGUCCCACCAAAGGCUGGGUCUCUGAGGGAAAGGUUGAUUUUUCCAUAGGCAGUAGAGGCCAAUCCACCUGGGGCUCCUCUAAUCUGAACCUAAACCCCAGUUCCAACCCUGCUGCGUGGCCAGCUCUUGGACAUGAAGGGCCUGGGGUAGGAUCAGGCCCCAGUAGCAUGGUUUGCUCAAAUUCCCUUUCUCUUAGUAUGUGUGGCCAAGGAGUACCACAAACUUAUGGCACCAAUGGAAAUGGUAGCAUUGGUUGUGUUAAUGGAAACCUUGUAGGGGACUGUGCAUGGGGCAACCCAGAUAUGCCUGAACAGCAUCAGUCACCUACAAAUGUAUCUUUCAGCAUGAAACCUCCUAACCUUAAAACUGAUGGACCACAUAACACUAAACCAGAGCCAAUGAGUCCAGUGAACAGCUGGGGAGGAAACCUCAGUCAAUCACCUACUGAGACAACCAGUGGAGAUGGAACUGCUUUCUGGGGCAAUAAAGAUGCCAAAAAUGGAGAAUCAAAGGACUGGGAUUCUGCUGGCAUCUCCUCCUGGGGGCAGAGAGGAGCAAGUAGUGGGGACAGUGGUGGGGGCUGGGGCAAUUGGGGCAAACAGCCAAGCAGUGAGGGCACAGGAUGGGAUUCCAAUGAUGGUCCCCCCCAUGAACAUAUUAGUUCUGGGGGCCCUAAUACUCCAGCAAGUGAGGGCAGCAGGGACAGUAGUGAAGGACACCCACGAAGAAGAGAGAGGUCCUCAAGUGAGGACAUGGCCCCAUUGCUCCCAAGGCAAGACUUGGACCCACGUGUGCUCUGCAAUUCAGGUUGGGGACAGACUCCAGUGCGACAGCAUACUGUUUGGGAAAUGGAAGUAAGCCCUGAUGAAAAGAAUGAAUCAGGGACUGAGUUCUGGGGGUGUUCCAACACACCUUCAACUGGACCUGCCCCCCCUCCUCCACGGUGUGCCAAUCCCAACCUCAAUACACCUCCUAGAAUGGACUCGAUCAAGAGCGAGGGACAUUGCCGAGCCAUGCCAAACUCAGACUGGGGAGGAUCAGUCCCACCCUCUACUCAGCCUAACAGUGGAUGGGGUGAACCACCUGCAAAUAAAAAAGUUCCCAAUGGAUCAGUAUGUGGCUGGAGCGAUUCUAUUGUAGAGGAUCCCAACACCAAUGGCUCUAAUGGCCAAUCUUGGGUUUCUGAAGAAAAAUCUCCUAGCUGGGAUGAUGGUACUUCUCAGAAGAAAACACAAGGUUGGGGUGAUAGACCCAAAACCUCCUCAGGUUGGGAAUGUAGUGGCAGUGGGAAUAGUGGACAGUGGGGAGACCCCUCAGAAGUGCGAAAGAAUGGCUCUGAUAGUUCCAAUUGGGACCCUGACAAUGGUAGCUGGAAAGAAACCCACAGAGGCUGGGGCAAAUCAGUACCAGCACAGGGUUGUGGCCGGGGUGAUGCUCAACAUUCCAAUGGUUCAUCUCAAGAUUGGUGUGGAAAACUUCAGGAGUCCAACAGUGGAGCUGGAGGCAUGGGAUCAUGGAGUGGCCCAAAUUCUGUGAAGCAGAGCAGCUCUGGCUGGGGCCCAGGAGUCCAACAUGAUCCAGGAGAUGAGGCCACAGGCUGGGAGGAACCCUCUCCUUCCUCUAUUCGUCGUAAGAUGGAAAUUGAUGAUGGAACCUCCACCUGGGGUGACCCCAGUGCUUACAGCAAAAGUGUAAACAUGUGGGAUAGGAAUAACUCUGCCUGCCAGAACCAUCCAGGAACCAGCAACAAUGGCAGCAGUAACAGCCUCACUGGACUAAAUAACAACAACAAUCAUCACCCACAUCAUUGCCAAGGUCCCACUCAAAACCAUGCCAAUGGCAGCAACAACAGUGGCUCUCCCAAUCAAAGUGAGUCUCCUCACAAUAGGAUGUCAGUUGUGAACCCAGGCUGGGGAGAACGCCCCAAUGUCCAGCCAAACAGGGAACCCUCUUCAUGGGAGGAGCCAAUUAAUUCCAGCCCCUCUGUUGACAAUGGUACUUCAGCUUGGGGCCAGCCUCCUAGGGGCUUUGGGGGAUGGGGUGAGGGUGGCCCUAAAUCCAGCGGGCCUUAUGACAGAGGCAGUGCACCUGCUGGAUCAGACCCCUGUCAGGAAGGUCCAAAACCUAUGCAAGAUGGCUGGGGAUCUGGAGGGGAAGAGAUUGGCAUGAACACCGGCCAGUGGGAUGCUGAUGAUGGUGACAUGUGGGACAGUCCCACCUCCCAAGACUCCUCUUGCAGCUCCUGGGGUCAAUCCAAGAAGGGCCCACCAAAGGUCAAGCUGUCCAACAAGCAGGAUGAAGUUUGGAUCAUGACCAGACUUAUCAAGCAGCUGACAGAUAUGGGUUUCCCAAAGGAUCCUGCAGAGGAAGCCCUAAAGAGCAACAAUAUGAAUCUGGAUCAGGCCAUGAGUGCUUUGUUGGAGAAGAAAACUGAACUUGACAAGCGGGGGAUGGGCAUGUCUCACUACAGUAAUGGAAUAAACAAGCCCAUAGUGUGCCGACCCACAAACCUCUCCAAAGACCCCUCACUGGAUGGCAGGCUGUCAGAUGAUGCUCCAACCUCACCGUUUAUGCCUUCACCUGGCCUCAAGCUCCCACUGGCCAAUAGCAGCCUCCCUAGCCAUGGACUGGGUGGGGUCUCCUCUGGGCUGUCCAUGCCAAACUUGAACAACAGACAGAUGCAGAAUGGAAUGUUCGGCACUAAUGGAGCAGCACAAACUCGGGUCAUGCAGCAGCAGGCCUCGCCCCCUCAGCCACCAGUGCCACCUCUUGGCUCCGCCCAGCCUAAUCUUCGUGCUCAAGUGCCUCAGUAUCUCACCCCUCAGGUUCAAGCACAGCUCUUACAGUUUGCGGCAAAAAACAUUGGACUGAAUCCUGCACUUCUAACCUCACCAAUAAACCCUCAACAAAUGACCCUGCUGUACCAACUACAACAACUGCAGGUGGCGUAUCAGCGUUUGCAGAUUCAGCAGCAAAUGAUGCAGGCUCAGCGUACUGUCUCUGGUCCAAUCAAACAACAAGAGCAGCAAGUUGCACGUACAAUCACAAACAUGCAGCAGCAGAUCCAGCAGCACCAGCGUCAGCUGGCCCAGGCCCUGCUCAUGAAGCAGCAGCAGCAGCCUCCACCCUCCUCUCAUACAGGCCUGCACCCUAACAUUGGCAAGGCAGGCCUGGAUAUGUUCACAGGCCACCCCCAGACUUCAGGCCUCUCUGUUUCUGACAUGCAGACCAAAGAGCAGCAGUCUUCUCUGAACUCUUUCAGCCCCUAUUCACUCUCUGGCUUGAACCCGACCACGAAUGUAAACUGUAUGGAGGUGGGCAGUCUGUCUCUGAAAGACUCACCUCAGCCUCCUCAGUCGCGACUCUCACAGUGGACUCAUUCAAACUCCAUAGAUUCCCUGACGGCUGGUACUCAACACAUGGAGACAAACCUCAAUAAGCACGGUGCAAUCUCUGCUGUUCAGUCCCAUGUGCCUGUCAGAAAGACCGAAAUGGUGAAUUCUUUCAGCCCAUACAAUCUUAUGUCAAGCUGUGAAUCCCCGACCAGCACCUUGGUGUCUUCAGAGAGCUGGACACAUGGCAAAAGUCCCAGUGAGAAAAUAUCUAGUGGCUCUAAUAUCAACUGGCCUCCAGAAUUCUGCCCUGGGGUGCCAUGGAAAGGUCUGCAGAACAUUGACCCUGAGAAUGACCCCAAUAUGACCCCAGGAAGUGUUCCUAGUGGUCCUACCAUCAACACUAACAUACAGGAUGUGAACCGCUACCUGUUACGUGACAGGACUGGAGGAAAACUCUUGGAAAUGAAGUCCACCUGGUCCCCUAGUCCCAUCUCUCACACGCAGGCCUCUUUGUCUCAUGAGUUAUGGAAAGUUGCCCCUGGGACACGUAACUCCAGUGCCCCCUCUCGUCCCCCUCCAGGCCUGACAAACACCAAGCCAUCCUCCACCUGGGGUGGAAACUCACUCGGCCUCAGCCAGGGCUGGCGCAGCUCUUACUCCUCAGAAGGGGGAACCUGGAGCACUGACAGUGCCAGCAGGGCAAGCAGCUGGCUGGUGCUGAGGAACCUUACUCCUCAGAUUGACGGCUCCACCCUGCGGACUCUGUGCAUGCAGCACGGCCCUCUCAUUACCUUCCAUCUGAACCUGACACAAGGCAAUGCUGUCGUACGUUACAGCUCCAAGGAGGAGGCCGCCAAAGCCCAGAAAUCAUUGCACAUGUGUGUGCUGGGUAACACUACCAUUCUGGCAGAGUUUGCUGGUGAGGAGGAUGUGAAUCGCUUCUUUGCACAGGGCCAGUCCCUUCCCACCCCCAACAGCUGGCAGGCCAGCCCAGCACCAGGCUCCAAUCAACCCCGGCUGGGCAACCCUGCUUCCAGCCACCUCACAGGCCUUUGGAGUGGGGGUGGAGGAAGUACCAAGGCAGUCUGUAGUAGUGGGAACAACAGCACUGGAAAUGGAGGGGACCUGCUGUGGGGUGGUGUGCAGCAGUACUCCAGUUUAUGGGCUCCCCCAAAUGGAGAUGACGCCAGGGUCAUCGGAAGUCCAAUCCCAAUUAACACUCUGCUCCCGGAAGACUUGCUGAGCGGAGAGAACAUAUAGGUUUUUUUUUUAUUGGACAUCAUAAUCUGACAAAGUCAAGAGACCUAAUGGAGCAAAACCCAAGCGAAUCAAUGUGGCGAUAAUCACUUGGAGCUGUAAUGAAGGAGGAUUAUGUUGAGAUGAAGCUGCAAACCUCCAACUGCUGUUUUUUGGUCCUCUAUUUUUUAUUUCUUCAAACUGUUUGUUUUGUUUGUGGAUCUUGUUCUUAGUGUUCAGAUACCUUGAGAAGCAAGAAUCAAUAGAAGCAGAAGCCUUUGGGUGCUCUUUUCUGAUUAUUUCCAAAGUUGUUUUUUGCUCAAAAGUGUUGCCAUCAAAGAGGCAUCCAUUCUGAAAGCGACACAGGCACAGUGAGACCUCAUGACACCUUUCUACUGAUUGGAUUAUUCCUGGUACUUUACGUUUUAGAGAUUGCAUUGUUUCUUCAGAACUUAUAUUAGCCACAAGUGCUCUCUCUCUCCAGGUCCUCAUCAGACACUCUUAUUUUAUUAAAACCAACAACAACAAAAAAAAUUAUUUGUAUCUUGCACAGUUCUGUUUCUGAGCCAGCAAACUGGCCAGAGCAAAUGAGAACAACAACUCCAAGCAGUGGCCUGUCAGCAUGACUAAUCACAAAUGAUCUUUUUUUCUAUUAUUCUUUUAGUUUUACAAAAGGGAGCUGCACUGCUCAAUGAUUUCUUUUACCUGCGCCAUUUUCGAAAUAAGUGUUCUGUUAAAAAAAAGCUGAAUGUUAAGUUUUUAUGUAGAUGAAUGAAUGUUUGUCUGCUGGAACUUGAUCAAGAAUAUGUGUGCGAGUACAUAAUCACUGUUAACACUCAGUGGAUGCUUUUUUUAAUUGUACCUAAUGGACUGCAGUGCUGAAUCAGUCAAAAGUUAUUCAGUUACUAUCUGGUGUAUCUGGUCGGACAUUUUAUUGACAUACAAGAGAGAGAAGAAAACUCAUUCUGAUGCAUUGUGCAAUAGAAGCCAGAGACCCUUUCUUCCGUCCACACUGAAGCUUACUGAAACGUAAGAAUUUUUUGAAGACUUUUGAAGAAUUUAAACUUUGGACUCAUUUUUCCACCUAGCCUGUCUAUUCGUCUGGCUUACUGGCUGUUCGGUAUUCUUGUGGAAAAAGGAGGAACUGUUUGAUAUCGCGCCAUGUGGUUUGAAACUUGACAAGACAUGCUGUAUGGGAUUGCAGUCUCCCAGCCACUUAUUCACAAAACAGAAACGUUGUCCAGAGCGGAGAGACAUGGCACGGGAGUCAGGCACAAUACCAAAUACAAAGGGUUUCUCUUAAUGCAGUACAUAAUAAGACAUCCUUGCAUUUGGUGCAAACGUAAGACACUUACAUUUUCUAUGUCUCUUCUUAAUGGGGUAUUAUCAUAGCACUUAUUUCAUGAGUGAUGCUCCAUCUAUGAAGCCAAUAAAUCAGAUAAUGGAGCGAAUAUAUACAAAACAAAUUACAAAGACUUCUUAUGGCAACUUUUAGCUCUUUUUUUUUUUUUUUAACCUUACUGGUAUUCAAAAUGCUUUUUGUUUAAUGUUCCUCUCUGGUCAAGAAACUUGAGUGGAAAAAAAACUAAAAAUUUCAUAAUGAAGGGAAGAACAAGACAAAACUCUACAAUCAGAAAAAAACUUGCAAUGUAUGUGUUUUGUACCUGAACUUUUUCCCCCUCUAUCAAAGUGAAUGUUAUUGUUACUCUGAAAUUGUCGUAAGCCUUUACUUUGUCUGGAGGAGGAGGCAUCUGGAUUAUGUGUGUGGGGAGGACCCUGUUUGACUGGCUGUGUGGUGUCUUGGUGCCUCUUUGUGAACUGUGGAUAUGGAUUGGGGAACAUUUGAUUCUCCAUAGCAACAACUCACUCCACACACCUAGUACAAUGGAAAUCAGUAAAGGACAGUAAUGAUGUCUAAAUUAUAUAGAACUUGCCAUCAUCAUCAUUCAUCUUUGUGUAGUGAACACUUAGCUAUGGAUCUUGGAAUGUUCCCUCCUGUGAUUUUAGUGCUCCUAGCCACACAGCUAAAGCCAAAACUCUCUGGAUUACAUCACACCUCAGAAGACCCUCGCUUAGUAAUGACCAGCCCUUGCGUACGUACUCACUUCCUCUGGAAUAGCCAGUGUUGUGUUAUGUGUUCUGAGCUUUUUUUCCUCUUUCUGUUGGUCAUCAUGCAGUGGUCUUUAACUGCCUGCAAAAAAAGGUGCCUCUGUGUACCUGUCCUGUGUUACGAAUGCAAACGACGAUCGAUGCUUUGGGACAUAUUUGGUUUUUGUUUCUUUCAUGACAUGUCAAAAGUCUUUUAUUUUUGUUGUUAACAGUGUUUCAAAUUACUUAUAGUGUUGUAGGUCAUUUAGAAUAGGGGCUCUUUUAUUGAUAUGCGUGUGUCUGUGCGCAUGUAACCUCACCCUGGGUGUCCCACCUCUAACUCAGCUGCUAACUUCCACUUUCUCUUUUGUGGCCUCAAUGAUGCCCUGUCUGAGCAGUGUUUCAAUGGACAGACUCUUUCUGCCACUGGCUCUUUAACUACAGCAGUCAUUGCUGUUACUAUGCAAAGUUAGAGAAGAUGGGCAUGUAAUGUCUGCCCUGUGAAACAUAGUGCCAAUCUGUGGCUUUGAAAGGAAUUUUUAAACAUCUCACAGUCCUCCCAUACCUUACUGCAUACUAAAGGCCAUUGUCAUCCUUAUGAAAAUUGGGAUGUUGUCUGACACUAAGUCAACUCAGUACAGUUUUAUUUGGGGAGGCCUGUGUGUUAAUUCUGCUGAAUUUGAUAAAUCUUAUUUCAAUACAAUCUCAGGGCAUGACAAGAUAUACUAAAUUUAUGUUUAAUAAAAAUGAAGAUUAUCAUUGUAAGCAGUUUUAUGCACUAAAUAGCUUGUAUAAGGCUUACAAAGUAUUCAUUAAAGAAAUGCAAAAGGAUAUUUAUCAGUGGGGCAAUAAAAUUAGGAUGAUGGCUUAUUAUGGGUCUUCUCAAUCCUUCUGAAAAGGGACUGUUGCAGAGUCAUCAGACUUUCAGAUUUUGAAGUUUGUUUAUAAAUGGGACCUGCGUAUCUUACCUCUCUGCUGCUGGUUGCGUUGCAAUUUUUCCCUCAUGGUCUCACGUGACAAUGUAUACAAUUAUAUAUACAGUACACUUGUGACAUCUCUGACUGAAUUUGGCCACAUCUGAAAUUCCAUGUCUUCUUGUCCAAAUGUCUUGUUUUGUUUAAGAGCACUUCUGUUUGGAGGCACUUUGAAGUUUCUUGUGUGUUUGAGGUGGGAUUGGGUUAAGGGGGUAGAGAAAAUUUGUUAGAUAAUAAGAACUCAUGCUGAUCAUGAUAAUCCUGUUGCUGGCAUUGGAAAAAUCCUUUAAAAAAAAAUUUUUAAAAAAAUGUGAGAACUUUAAUAGCAUUGGGGAUUCAAGGCUUACAGGUAAUGAACAAUCCCUGGUACUUUUUUUGAAUACCAAAAAUUAAGUAGCGUUUUAAUAUCUUUUUUCUAAGUUUGACAAAAACAUAUAAACAAUGAAGGAAAAAAAAUAUCUCCGUAACAUUUAAAACUGCACUUCUUACUGUUAUAACCUCCUGUUUGCUGCUUUAACCUUCCCUCAUUCUGAAGGUUGACAGCAAACUGGAGUGCCUUUUGUGUGUGCUGUAUUAACUGUUGUUUGUUUAAAAAAAAGAAAAAGAAAAAAAAGAAAACUAAACAGGCCCCUAAAGAGUACAUUUCCAUCUCAAACCAUCUCAGUUUGUUUUCAGGCCUUUGUGCUGUAUAAAUUAACCUUUUUCCUUUUGGGAAAAGUCAUUUCAACAGGCUAUGAAUCACUGUUGCCUGUGUGUGUAACUGCCUUGUUCCAGACUCGGUCACAAUUGACUGAAAGUGAACCACAAAGUGGCUGUAAUUCCAAACAGUCAAUCAUCACAGGAAGUCUCUGGUGACACCAGCAUGGGUAAACUAUAACUACAGCUAAACAUUAUCUUGUGUAUUAUCAUGCUCGCUAAUGUAGAAAAAUGCUAUCAGAUCUCUAAAUCCCCUUUUAAAACCACUGGGAAAAAUGUAAUUUGAGAUAAGCAAUAGACCUUGAUCCUUAGAAUAUGUCUUCUGAGAAUUUGCCCAAUGGAAAAGGUUUGAUCGAUGAUAGACCUGAACAAAACUUAUCGAAGAAUGCAUGUUGGUAUUAGCCUAAAUUUAAUGACAUAUACAUGCAGUCAUUAUGUUAAAACCCACAAUUCUGAACAAUAUUUAUUUAUAUUGUUCCAGGUAAAGAAAGAAAAAUCAUAAACAUAUCAAGAGGAAUAUCUUUACCAAUACUUGAAUUAAAUUGCGCCAAUAACAAAAUGUGAAUUUCUUUUCACACUCUCCCUCCCUCUCUCUCCCCUCUCUCUCUCUCUCUCAAAUUUUUGUAUGGGACUGACCCUUCUAAGGUAGUUGAUUACAUGCUUGUAAUGUUUAACAUUCUUCACAUUAAAAAACAAAAAAAUGAUUUUACUUCUAAAUGAUUUUUUUUGAAUGGUUCUUUCUGUAUGUGUGCUUUCUAAUCAUACUGCUUCUUGUUAGGCACGACUACCUACAGAUGUGACCCAUUUCGUUUUUUGUACUGUUUCUGAGUUUGUUUGUUUUUUUGUUUUAUGUGUUUUGAAAACUCUGACAUGGUUACUAUCUAGAAUCCCUGGCUCAACCCAUCAAAAAAUAAAUAAAAAAAAAGCAGGGGACAUGAUGGCAAUUCAUAUUUGAAUGUUUACUCAAGGACUUAAUGGAUUUAUUUUCUUAAAAUGUUUCAAACUUGUAAAACUGUAUUCUCAUAGUGGCUUUUAUUGUGAGAUAAUUCCAUCUUUUCUUUUUUUUUUUUUUGUGCUAAAAAAUCUGAACUUUUGCCAUAGUAAGAAAGAGUAGAGAAGCAGAUGUUACAUUCAUGGAUAGACAGAAAAGAUGACCAGAUGCGAGUUAGUUGACAUUCUGACUCAUUUUAAAAAUCUACCUGCCAUUUACAAAGUGAUUUGUCUAAAAUUAGAAGAAGAAGAAAGAAAAAAAUAGGAAAGAAAAGGAGUUACAUGAAUGUAAGAAACCCUACAGCUUCCAUCAAAUAAUAAUAAAAAAUAAAUAAACCUUUUCAAAUGAAGAUGUAUGCUACUUGCUGAACUCUGGGAUUGUUUCAGUGUUGUUGUAUUUUGCUUUUGAAUUACAUUGUUGUUCUUAUUGCUAUUGGAUUAACUGAUGCCUAAAUGUCUUUACAUUUUUGUUUCUGUAAAGCAAAAUGUUUCUGUCACCAUCUUGCGCACUGACAAUGGACUUGGAAAUUUUACUCAGGAUGAUUAGAGGUCCAGAGUUCCAGUUCCACUGUUAUAAUGAUGAUUAUCAUGAGACUUUAACAAUUUAAUUAAUAAAAGAGGGGAAAAAAGAUGUUCCAGCUCUAAGCACUGAAGGUUAUGGAUUUAAAAAUGUCUUUUUGAAUUUUAAUCCAUAGCAGACACACAUUUACCAAAUAUUAGAUUUGAAAUGAUCUUAUAUGUGCUAUAUUUCUUGAAGUAGAUUACUUUCCAUUUAAAAUAAAUGUGUCUUUAUCUAUCGCGUUACAAACAAAUACAGUUGUGUUUAUUGGUUAAGUUGUGGAAGGACCUGCCACUGUUUGAUUUUUAACUUUGAUGAUUUUCAGCGAGGUCCAGUAAAAGAUACUCAGUAUUUCAUCCUCUUGUCUUUUCUUGUUUUGGAAAUUCAGAGGCCUGUAUGCAAAGGCCUGAGAAUUGUAGAACACACAUUCUAGGACUUGAACUUUUUCCUGAUUUGUUUUUACUAGUCAAGUAUGGGCUGAAAAUAGUCCAUGUAAACACUCCAUCUAGAUUUUAAGACAAAAUGGUGAGGAAAGAAGUUGUGAAAGGAUUAAGAAUCUAUGCACAAGUUUUAGGGGAGUGUAUGUUCAGACAUGCUAUUCUUACAAGGAUUUUUUUUUAUAAUAUAUAUAUAUAUAUAUAUAUAUAUAUAUAUAUAUAAUGUUUGGGGUUGUCGUAUACUUGUUUAGAGUAUCUUUGUAAGAGGUUUCAUGUGAAUAAGCAUUUAUUUUAAUCCUUAUGCCCUGUGUCUAUCAACCAAUGAUCAUCAUCAACCAAGCACUGUGGGUUUAUGCCAGUCCAUGACAUUGAAGUGUUGGGAUAGGUUGUAAUGAAGUGGGAUUGGGAAUGGGGAUUUAUUUUUUCCUUAUUGUUGACAUAUUAAGAACUUGACUGUACUGAUAUUUAACAAUGUUGCUGGCUUUUAAAAAAAAAAAAAAAAAUUCCUUACCUUUAAAAGAAUGUGAUCGUUGAGGACUUGCACCGAAGAAGUCUUUCCAUGUGGUAUGGAGAUUAUUUCAGCCUAUAUUAAUAAACAGCAUUUUUAUUCUCA